AUCAUGUCACUCAAAUCUAUUCUGAAACCAACACAAGGACAAGGGAACAAACGGUCAUACGUGCCGAAAACAGGUUCAAAACUACGUCAAUCUAUCGUUCUUUCUCCUGAAUCGUCAAAGUCUACCAGGGUUAAGAGACAAGGCGAAGGUCGAAAAGUUGUUUCCAAGAACGUAGGGAGAGUUCCGAGAGAUGACGAUAAGGAUGAUGUUGACGGCGAUGAGAGUGAGCAGGACGAGGAAGAUGUCGAGAUGAGUGGGGAGGAGGGGACAGAUGAUGAUGAUAUGGAAAAAGUAGGGUCCAUUGUUGAGAAAAUCGCACCGAAACGUAAACAACCAACUACUUCAGAACAAUUCGGUACAACCCUAGCUUCUCUCCUUACAGAAUCUUCCCGUCCUCCUAAGAAAUUCAAAAAACAUCUCUCUUCUCCAGCUACUUCAUCAGCAGAUACAUCAUCUUCCUCUACCAAGCAAUCAAGUCAACCACUCGUAAUCCCAGCAAAAGAAACAAUUCAACCAGGUCGGAAUAUCUUGUCUUUAUCCCGAGCACCAUUACCACCUUCCAAAGCUGCCGAAGCGCUAGAGCGCAAGGCUACGAGACAGCUAAAAAAGGAGAAAGCGGAGAAGAUUGAUGCGGCUAGAGUGAGGGAUGUGUUGGAAGGUUGGAACGCCGCGGAUGGCACAGGAGCUCAAGAGUUUGAGAAGGGUUUGAAAAAGGUCGCUCAACGGGGAGUCAUCAAACUUUUCAAUGCCAUCCUCGUCGCUUCCAAGAAUGCAGAAUCUACUCCAACUCCUCAAUCUCUCGCUGAACAGGUUGGAGUUAAAGAUACGAAAAAGAGAAAAGAAAAGGAUAACGUACUUGGUCGUGGAGGGAAAGAAGGACAGUUGACAAGUGAAAGAUUUCUCGACUUGGUUAGGAAUGGCUAG